UGAUCACAUUGAAAUUGAAACACAUUGUCAUCACAUUGUUGCGCUCAACUACUGUAGAUACAUGCUACCCGCUAGAGAUUAUAAAAAAUAAAUGAAUAUCAAGGUGGUGAUUGAUUCUUGGGCUUUAGUCUGUUUGUGUUAGUGAAUGCUCAUUCAUGACUUUCAUAUAUUUAGUGUUUAUGAUGUAUUGUGAGCGUUUACUUGUAAAUUGACUAUUGAUUCCUAGUCUUUUUUCUACAUAAAUAUUGACGUCUAGUUGAAUACGUACUUCUUCAAAAUGUUAACGCCACGGUUUAAGUUACAACAAGACGAAACUCGCGUCUAUAUCACGGUGCAUGCACCAUACACAAAUAUCGGCGAAACUGAGAUCGAUAUUGAUGGUGAGAAUUUCUUAUUCGUAUCAAGUCCGUAUUUUCUUAGACUUCGUUUGCCUGGUAAAAUUGUUGAAAAUGACAGCUCAAAGGGUUCAUAUACAUGUGAUUCAGGAGAUUUUAACCUCACGUUUGAUAAAGAAAACCCAGGAGAACAUUUUGAGAAUCUCGAUAUGAUUACCAGCUUAUUGGCGCCUCGACAUAUUCCUGACUUAAAUCCGAAUUUAGUCGAGAUGUUGGAGGAGGGAGGAGUCACGAUUGAUGAGGAAAAUGAUGAGAAUGAAGUUGAUAAAAAAUACUCAUAUGGAUUCGCUAGUAAAAUUUCAACAGAAUUCAAAGAGAUUGGUAUGGAAUUCCCCAAAAUUUUUGAACUUAAAUGGCCGGAGCAACAUCCUAUUGGUAAAAGAAAUUCAUUAAGAGAACAGUAUGAAUUUAUAAAAUUUUCAUCAGAUCAUUACUUAGCUGAUUUACAUUGUGAUGAACUUGUAGCUCCAUAUUUGUUUGCAACUGUCUUUUGGGCUAGCCCUGAUUUCGAUAAAGAUGCUGAUUUUACUGAGGAAGAGGUGAGCUUAUUAAAGGAUUUGCCAAAUAAGCAUUAUAUUUUGACCAAAACUGAGCAUCGGCAAGUUUUUCUUGGGCUUGUGGAUAUACUCUAUGGCUAUUGCUAUGAUAAGAGGACAACAUUAAAUGAAAGUACUGUCGAAUCAAGCUGGACUAUCAACAAAUUGUCAGCAACUCUAAGCUGGUUUUGUGUUUUUAAGGAUAUAAAGGAAGUUCUUAAAGCUUGCUAUAGACGAGCGCUUGUUUAUCCCAUACUUCGGAACUUUGAAAUAUGUCACAAAGUAAAGAAUGAUCUUAUAUCUUUGCUAAAACAUGGAAAAAAGUUUAUUAUUAAAUGUGUCAUUGAUAUUUAUCAAAUGUUCAAUCAAAGCGAUGAUGCAAGAUACAUUUUAAAUCAAAUAUAUAUGAAGGAUUACUUAAUAUUUCUUCAGCAAUGUUCCCAAGAUGAAUUCAUUCCUUUGUGUGAUAACAUUGCCAAUACAGAGAUAACAAAAAAAGAUGUUGAACUAGAGCUUGAAGAACUAGAGGCUGCUGCUGAAAUGGUACAGCAGGAAGAAAUUCAGAUUUUAGAAAAUGAAAUGGCUGUUAAAAUGGCUUCUAUGUCUUUAAUACCUGGGCUUAAUAAACUUAAUGAUGCAAAUCACUUAAACAAUGCUCAAGAGUCUGAUUCGUCUGCAUCAAGCAGUGACUCGUCAGAUUCUGAAACAGAUGAGUCAGAGUUUUGGGAUUCUGAUGAUGAUCGUUCCUGAGGGAUCAUGUAAUUUCCAUUCUAAAAGAGUGGAAUAAACAUGAGUCCAGAAAAAUGAAAUGAGAAGAGUGAACAGUUCCUGUACAAAAUUAUGAUGAAAAUGUACAGUUUUGAUGUUGUCGGAAAAUAUAGUGAUGGAAGUUUUACAAUUGAACUUGAAAGUAUUAAAAAUUUGCCUAUUUUAAUAAAAAAUAUCUAUUGGUAGAUAUGUAACGUUUUUGCUCCAAAUUAAAUCAUGUUUUUGAUAGACAAGUUUUACUUUAUUGUAUGUACUUUUAAAGUAACUUAUUCUUAUUGGUAUUACUUAUUAAAGGAUAAUAACAUUGUUAUAUUGCUAUGAAAUGUUUAUUAGCUACAAUGUAGAACCAUCACAGAACAAUGAGAGGACUAAUUAAAAUAAAGGCAUAUAUUAUAGUAAUAAAUAAUAAUAAUAAUAAGACUACCUUCUUUAAGGAUUUGAAUACAGAAGCACAAAAAUCAAAUAUGCUUUAGUUAUUUUUGUAAAGCUCCAGCAUCGAAGUUCUUUCAUUGUUUUAUAGAUGGUAUAAAUAAUAAAGGAAUAUAUUUAAAGGAUUUUAAAAUUCAUAACCGGAUUAGGGUAAUAAAAAUAAUAAGGCAAAUUAUAUAUGUACCUAUAGAGAAAAAAAAUAUCUCAUUGUUGUUAAUAAAAUGAAGUGCAUGCCAUUUAGUAUAUGAAACAAGUGAAACUUUGUGUGAAAAACGUCACAAUAAAA